GUUCGAGACGCGGUUGAACAGGGUUGAACUAUUCCAGACCAUCCCGGGCUUGCUGCUCGACUUCACGACCUCGCCGUGCACUAGCUCGCACGGCACUAUGCCUGUUCCACGGCUCUCUCAGAGCGCAGAGGCUGCGCGAGCGGCUGCGCAACAAGCCGAAUUCAACGAGAAGAAAUGGGUGUGGGUCCCCGAUGACAAGGACGGCUAUCUUGCGGGAUGGGUAGUGAAGGAGGAGGAGGACAUGGGCGAGGUCGUAAUUGCCUCUGGAGGAGAGAUACGAAGACUGCCAUUAUAUGCCCUCUCGAAGAUGAACCCGCCCAAGUUCGACCGCGUCGACGAUAUUGCGGACCUCACAUUCCUCAACGAAGCGAGUGUGGUACAUAAUCUCCGCCUAAGGUAUGGCUCUGGCGCAAUUUAUACAUACUCUGGCUUAUUCUUAGUGGCCAUCAAUCCCUACCAGCACCUUCCGCUCUACUCGGAUGCUAUCGUUCACCAAUACCGCGGGAAGCGGCGAGACGAGAACCCGCCACACAUCUUCGCCAUUGCUGAGCGGGCAUGGAUCAACAUGGGCGAAGAACGCGAGAAUCAGAGUAUCCUCAUCACCGGCGAAUCAGGCGCAGGUAAGACGGAGAGUACGAAGAAGGUCAUCCAAUACCUUGCUGCGAUCGCGACCGACGCACAUCCCCCGCCAUCCCACUCACAGUCUCCGUCCCUCACACAUUCCAACUCGUUCAACUCCAUCAUGCCGUCUUCCGGCCUGCCCCGUAGUAGCUCCUUCAAGAAGCACGGCAAGGGCCUCUCGUCGUCCGGAUCGGGAUUCACUUCGAAGGACCGCCUCGGCCUACUCGAGCGCCAGAUUCUGCAAGCCAAUCCCAUUCUGGAGGCGUUUGGUAACGCACAGACGCAGAGAAAUAACAACUCCAGUCGAUUCGGCAAGUUCAUCCGGAUCAGCUUCUCACCAGAUGGCAGCAUUGCUGGUGCGAACAUCGACUGGUACUUGCUCGAGAAGAGCAGAGUGGUAGUACGGAGUGAGGCAGAGCGGAGUUUCCACGUGUUCUACCAGCUGAUGGAGGGCGGUGGUAGCCUGAAAGAUACGUUACUUCUGGAUGGUGGCGUUGAGGACUACGAGUAUCUCAACAAGAGCAGGCGAGAAGUCGACGGGAUCGACGACAAGGAGGAGUGGGCGCUGCUUAAGAAUGCGCUGGAAACCGUCGGUUUCACUGCUGCUGAGCAGCUGGAUCUUUUCCGAAUCGUCGCUGCUGUUCUCCACAUCGGCAAUAUCACGCUCACCGAGACACGUUCGAACGACGCAGUCAUGCCUGACCCAUCGCAAGCGGAGCGUGUCUGCCAUCUACUCGGGAUCCCAGUUGCCGAAUUCACGAGGGCCUUGCUCCGUCCCCGCGUCCUAGCAGGGCGUGAGUGGGUCACGCAAGCUCGGACGCAACAACAAGCACUGGACGAGCUCUCGGCCCUGUGCAAGACGCUUUACGAGAAAUCGUUCGGCAUGCUCGUUGACCGCAUCAACCGUGCGCUUGACCGGCCGUCGUCUAAGUCGACGUUCAUCGGCGUGCUCGAUAUCGCGGGUUUCGAGAUCUUCGACGUGAACGGCUACGAGCAGCUGCUGAUCAAUUACACGAACGAGAAGCUGCAGCAGUUCUUCAACUACCACAUGUUUACGCUCGAGCAAGAGGAGUACGCGCGUGAAGGCAUCGAGUGGGACUACGUCAACUUCGGGCUCGACCUCCAGCCGACGAUCGACCUGAUCGAGACGAGCGGUACUGCCAUCGGUAUCUUGAGUCUCCUGGACGAGGAGUGUAUCAUGCCCAAGGCCACAGAUCUGACGUUCACGAACAAGUUGCAUGCGCUCUGGGCGAGUGAGCCGUUGCCUGGCGAUGAGCCACAUCCGGGAAGCUCGAAGUACGAGCCUGCGCGUUUCGAACAGGGCUUCAUCGUCAAUCACUACGCCGGCCGAGUGGAGUACAGGACAGAUGGCUGGCUGGAGAAGAACAAGGACCCGCUCAACGACAACCUCACACGCGUACUUGCAGCGUCUUCGGAGCGCUACGUUGCGUCGCUCUUUGCCGAGUACAGCGAGGCGCCGUCCAUCGUAGGCGCAUUGACCAUGGGCAAGAAGCGGGUCACGAAGAAGGGUGCCUUCAGGACUGUCGGCCAGAGACACAAAGAGCAACUUGCUGGCCUGAUGGCUCAGUUGCAGGCCACGCAACCGCACUUCGUUCGUUGUAUCGUCCCGAACACGCACAAGAAGCCUGGGCGAGUCGACGUGCCUCUCGUCCUCGACCAACUACGGUGUAAUGGUGUCCUCGAAGGUAUCCGCAUCGCGCGUCUCGGGUAUCCCAAUCGUCUCCCUUUCGUCGAGUUCCGGCAACGCUACGAGGUGCUCACUCCUGGAGUAAUUCCGCGUGGUUAUAUGGACGGUCGCAAGGCGUGCCUGCGUAUGGUCGAUGCGCUGGAGCUCGACAAAACCAACUUCCGUAUCGGAACUUCGAAGAUCUUCUUCAAAGCGGGAGUACUUGCCGAGCUCGAGGAGCGUCGCGAUGCACUGUUGUUCGAUAUCUUCUCGAGGCUGCAAGCAGUAGCACGGAAGUGGACCGCUAGGCGGCAGAUGAAGAAGAUACUGAAUCGCGCCGUUGCUGUCCGAACCAUUCAGCGGAAUGCUCGGGUCUACGGGGAACUGCGCGACUGGCCGUGGUGGCAGCUUUACACCAAAGUCAGACCUCUUCUGGCUGCGACUCGUAAUGACGAUGAGUUGCGGAAGAAGGAGGCCGAGCUGGCUCUUGCUAAAGAGCGUGCUGAGCGCGACCAGCGCGAGAAGGAGGCCCUGGAGAGCCUCAAGAUGCGCCUAGAGGCUGACAAGCGAAAGGUCGAGGAUGACCUUGAAGCGGAGCGUGCUCUUGCGUUGGACAAAGAUGCAUUGUUGGAUCGUAGCAAGAAACGAGAAGCCGAGCUCGAAGAGGAGGUGGCUGCGCUCCAAGCAGAUCUUGACAUCCUGGACUCCCAACUCGAUCGAGCCCUGAAGCUCCAGAAGGAGAGUGAAGAGAAGCACGAAACACUCCGGCAAGCUUUCGACCAAGCAGCGGAGCACCUCGUUCGUCUAGAGAGCGAGCAACAAGACUGGGAGAGCCGAGAGGUUGAACUCAACGAGCAAUUGGAUUUCGCUCAGGAAGAGAUUGACGCUAUCAAAGCUGAGCGUGAAAAUCUGGAAAAGCUCAGUGACGAGCUGAAGAACCUUGUUGCGCAAAGAGAAGAGGACUUGGCUCGCACGAAGGAGAGAAUGGAGUCGACUCUGUCUGACUUGGGAACUAAACUGACUACGGAGUCGAGGAACAAGGAUGCUCUUCGCGAGAAAGCCGACAGCCUCGAGGAAGAAUCCAGACAUGCCAAGCAACAGCUUUCGGAGCUGGCUCGGACUGCAACCGAUUACUCUGCCAUGAUCAAAGCCAAGGAGGAAGAGGCAGACCGUCUCGCAGCUGAACUGGACAAGUCAAAGGUGGAGCGCGGGCGAUUGAUGAAACAGAUCAGUGAACUGCAAGGCAAGGCGGAUGCGCUGACCGCAGAACUCCUAGCACAGCGUAGUGAUCGGGAACGCGACGCUGCUGUUCAAGCGAAACUCCAAGAGGAACUUGACGAACUACGGAGCGUGCUGGCAGCGAAGACUAGCGAGGAAACACGCCGCUCUGAAGUGGAGAAGAGCAAGGAACAGGAACUCGCUAACUUGCGCGCACAGACUAGCCAGCUGUCUCAAGACCUCGAUGACGCGCGCAGAUCCGCGGUGGAGGGGCAGACCAGACUUAAGGUCGACCUGGACACCCUGACUCGGGAACACGCUUCGCUCGAGAAAAGUCAUAGAUCGUUGUCCGAGCGGGAGCAGUCAGCUCGGAGUGAACUCAAGGUGGCUGAGACAUCCCUCGGAGAGGCUGUCAAAGCUAGGCGUACACUCGAGUCCGACUUGCAAGCUAUCCGGACCCGCCAAAUUGACACAGACGGCCAGUUGGCUGAAGUGCUCAAGGAGAAGGAGCACCUCGAGCGCCAGCUCACCACAAUGCAAAGCAAGUUCGAGGAUUCUGAGGACGUCGUACUCCAGCUCGAGCGGGAGAAGGGUGCUCAUGAUCGACAGAUGGAGACCGUCAAGAAACAACUCAAUGGCGAGUCGGCGAAACGCAGCCAGCUCGAAAAGUCAGCCUCUUCUCAGAAGCAAGAGAUAGCGCGGCUGAAGGACAUGAAUAUCAAACUCGAUCGCGAGCUCAACAAGGCGCUGUCUGAUCUGAAGGCCCGCGAGUGGGAAGUCAAGCAGCUAGAAGCACGCCAAGACAAGACCAUUGUCGAGCAUGUUCAUGUCCUCGAAGAGGCGAAACGUGUCACCGAUCGACAGUUGCAGGAAGCUCAGCAGGAGUUGCAGGCCAGGGAGGCUUAUAUUCGAUCGCUCGAGAAAGCAAGAAGUAAGUUCAUGAUCGAAGCGGAGGAUCUUGUUCGAGACAGGGAAAGCGAACAAUUGCAACUUCGUGCCAAGGACAAGAAGAUCAAGGCAGAAGAGGACAAGGCUAUCCAGGCUCUCGCUGCGCUAGAGAAGGAGCGGCGCGCGAGGGAGGCAGCAGAACUCCACGUCAAGCGGUUACAGAACGAUCUCGAGCUCUCGCAGAGUCAGGUCUCGGACGCCGCGCAGCAGCUGGCAAGCGUACAGAAGGCGAAAGACAAUCUCGAGCUCGAGCUUACGAGACUUGCUGAUGAAGGUGAUACCCCCAACUCUACCGCGAAGCUGCAGCGCCAGUACGAGGCGCGCAUUGCUCAGCUUGAAGACCAGCUGCAGGACUCGGAGAUGUCAAAGACCACAGCGGCUAGGAUCAAGGAACAGGUUGACCGUCAACAUGCUGAAAUACGUCGGCUGAUCAUGAGUAGUGGUCCGAAGGACGACUCGUUCCGAUCCCGCUUGCUCAGAGAACUCGAGCUGGCAGACGAAGAGAUGGAGCGAGAGAUGUCCGUCCGACGCCAUGCCACUGGGUCUGACGUCCGCUCACUCGCUAAUUUGACGCCUUCCAAACGUUCUCUCGCCCAGACAAACGGCGUGCCCCGGUCUCGCAAAGACUCACAUCCCGAUGCGAUCCGCGUGCAGGAGAAUAGACAAGCUCAAGUCAACGCUCUCAAGCAGCAAGUCCAGAUACUCGAAAUUCAGAUGGCUGCUUCUACACGAGUGAGGCAGUACCUUGAGCAAUCGCUGCGGGAGAUGACCGCUGAGUUCGAGAACUCGGAUGGCUCGAAGCAGUCGCUGGAGCAAUAUCGCGCACGCCUUGCGAAAGAGAACGCUCGACUCGCCGAGUUGCUUGAGGACGAGGCUGAGGCAAGGCGGGCUGCCGAAGCUGCUCAGUUGAACGGUGUACAAGCAAUGUGGGACAAAUUCCAAGCUACUAUCCAGAACGAAAGGGACAGCUACUCCCGUUUAGAGGAGUCGCGGAAAGCUUUGGUCGUCCAACAACGUGCCGCUGCCGUCGAGCUUGAGGAUCAGCGUCGACAAGUUCAAGAACUGCUGACGGCAAAGAAACAGAUGCAGACUGAGAUUGCAGACCUCAAAGAUCGCUUGGAAGUGGAGAUCGUCGCGAAGAACGGGGAGACCAAUGCCAGGCGGGAGCUGCAGUCACGUCUCCAAGAGCUGGAGAUCACGUCUUCCACUUCCUCCACUGUCCACUCAGAGUUGCAAGAGGCCGUCGAGACUUACAAAGUCAAAGUCGAAUCUUACAUCAAGAAGCUCGAAGAAGCGGAGAUUUCCAAGGCGAAGAUUGCUCGUGCAGAAUCGCACUCGCGUCGCGCAUUGGCUGAUGCGGAGAAGGCUCAUGCAGAUGCAAUUGCUGAGAGGAACGCUGCUGAAGAGAGGCUCAAGACUGCAGGAGAGCGUAUCAGGGAACUUGAGUCAAGGCUGGACGAAGAAGGCAGGGAAUCCUCAGAUCUGGAAUUACUGCGGCAACGCCUCGCUGAGGAGAUGGAGGAUGAACGCAAGCAUCAUCAAGAAGAGCUUUCGGAGCGAGACUUCACGGCAGAUCAGACGCGUAAGAAGUAUCAGGCGGAGCUUGCGCAGCUGAGCGAGGAACUGCAAUCGCAACGCGACACCAUGAGCAGGCUGCGCGAGGAGAGCAGGAAGAUCCGGUCACACUACGACGAACUUCAAUUGCGUCAUGACGAAGAAGUAUACAACGGUGGAUCCUGGAAGAAGGACAAAGAACGUCUGGAGACCAAGAUUCAGGAUCUCACCAAGGCAUACGAUUCUUCGACCGCUGCGCAAGCAGAACAACAGUCGCAAAUUGUCUCGCUGCACUCACAGGUCCGCGAGCUUCGCAGUGUGCUCAACGACGCAGAGGCGGACCGUGCCCUCCUCCAGAAGGCGCGGCGUGCGUUACAGGCGGAGCUAGAAGCGAUCAAAUUCGACUCCGUGGACACGACGAAGAUGUCCUCCGAGACCGAACUACAGAAGCUCCGGCUGGAGAAGCAAGACUUGGAACGCUCGCUUGAGGAGCAGAACGAUAGAGUGGCGAUGGCUUUUGAGAGGAUGAAGAAGGCUGAGGGCUACGCUACGGAAUGCCAGGUCGAGCUGGGCAAGACACGCGUGGAGAACUCGGAGCUCGACAAGCUCAACGCGAAUCUGGAGAAGCAGAUCAAGGAGCUCAAUCUCCGAAUCGUCGACCUCGAGACGAAGUCGCUCAACGUACCAAGGCCAUCGUCGACGUCGUCGCGCCGGCUCGAGAGCCGUAUCGAGGAGCUGACGAAUCAGCUCAACCAGACUUCCAAGGACAGCUCACGCCUCCACCGCUCUGCGGACAAGACCGCGCGCGACGCGCGCUUCCAGCUCGCGGAGGCGGAGCGACAGCGGCAACGCCUUGAAGAGGAAGUGAGGUCGUAUGAGGGCAAGAUUACGAGCAUGAGGCAAGCAAUGGACGAAUUGCAAACCUCCGAGAACAGCCUGCAGCUGGCGAAGCGCCGCGCAGAACGCGAGAAUGGAGACCUGCGUCAGCAAUCACUGAACCUUGAGAGAGAAGUCGAACGGCUCAGGAGUCGUCUCGAGCGUCCCGCAUCAUCGGUGAUGAUGAGCUCACCGGUGAGCUCGCCCCGGAAAUGAACACACGGACCUUACUGUAUAGGCCAUUUCUUAUUUUCUGUUCUGUUCUGUGUGCGGAUGAACAUGUAUGUCUUGCUAUUGCUCGCUCCAUUAUUUUUUCAACCCUCCGAUCCUGGUCCUGUAUUAUCAUGGUGCUACCUCAUGUUGUGAUACCUCCCUCGCUGCCCACCGCCCACUGCCGUUUGCGUUACCCUCCUACCACUGUAUCCCUCUGAUUCCCCAACUACUUACUCAAGGGCUUACGACCGCUCCAUGUCACGCAUUACGCAUAUUAUUAUCGGCUUUGGCAAUGAAACCACGUUCUCGUCCGGAGGGCAACGCAUUGUUCAAAUGUUCGGCCAAAACGUUGAAGACCAUGAGGGUAACAUUGACUCACGAUUAACUUAUUACAAUCUUCGGC